AUGUCGACGCAAUACGAAGUCGAGCACAACAUCAAGCCGACCGAAGCGCCCCGGCGCCGGCGGCAGCCCGACAUGUCCACCUUCACCGCACACAUACACCAGAUCAGGCCCGACGAGGGCGCGACGAGCUCUCACAACAACCCGCAUGCAAUGCCGACCCCGAACGACCUCUCGACCAGCUUCCGUCUCGUGCAGGAUCAGCUCGGCACCCUUGCGUCCUCGGCCCCGAGCUCCGACAACCUCGAGUUCCUGCGCGGGCUGAUGGAGCUGCUCGACGUGGACAUUGCAAACCCGCCUUAUGAGGAGGAGGGCGUCACGCAACAGUUUCUCGACGGCCUCGACAGGGUCCCGAGAAAGCAGCUCAAAAAGACAGACUGUUGCGCCAUCUGCGCCGAGCCGCAUCUCGAUGAUCCUUACUGCCUUGUCGUUGAGCUACCUUGCCAUGCCUCGCAUAGAUUCGACCUGGAGUGCGUGUCGCCUUGGUUGCUGACUAAAGGAACGUGUCCGUUGUGCAGGAAGAAUCUGGUCAAGAAAAAGGCACCGGAACCAAAGGACGAGGAAGAAGGAGAGGAAUAUGAUGACUUUUAUGGCUAA